AUGCCAGUGAAACGUGUGGCGCUUCUUCAGCAGCGCACGCUGGAGGCACCUAAGUUGACACGUCUGAAUAGUGUGAACACGUUCGCCUGUUCAGAUGUGAUAAUUCAGAUGCGCCCAAUGUGUGUUGGUGGAUUAGUGGUUACACGCUCGCCUCGCAUGUCAGAUGUCCGGGGCUCAAAUCCCGGCACGGCCAUUGGAUAUGCACCGCCGAUGAGAUCCAAUAAGAGCGAAACUCUAGUCCAGUGCUUCCCUUUGGUGUGGACUCACCGGAAUAACAACACCCGUACAGGAAUGCGGCCGCUCAAAUGA